CGAGGAUGACGAACGAUGAGAAGCUUCUACUCUGACCGCUGUUCUUCGUCUCCUACAUCGGCUCUCCUUUCUCCACACGCCGUUGUGAAAUUUGAAUUGAACAAGUCUCUUCCUAUGUAGUCCUCCUUCUCUCUCGUAAGGUCCCAAUUUCAAUCCCAACUCAAUCUCUCUCUCCCCUCUCUCUCUCUGAAAAUGCCGACCGCGGUGGUGAAGCUGUACAGCGGCUUCUUCAAGUACCAACUCAAGCACAAGCUCCAAGCCCUCGCUCAAUCUCCUCCUCCAAGCCCCGGCUCCGGCGACCAGUUCGGCGUCGCCUCCCGCCUCGACGAGCCCGUCGCCCCCGCGAAUCCGUCCUUCGUCGACGGCGCCGCCACCAAGGACAUCCACAUCGACCCCUUCUCCGCCCUCUCCCUCCGCGUCUUCCUCCCCGACACCGUCCUGACGUCCCCGACCGGCGGCGGGAGCCCCGAUGGCCCUGCCCCUUACGGCGGAUACUCCCCUCCGACCGGGGAAGACUGCGUCAAGCUCCCGGUGAUGCUGCAGUUCCACGGAGGCGGCUUCGUGAACGGUGGGCACAACUCGGCGGAGAACGACAGGUUUUGCCGGAGGAUCGCGAGGGCGUGCGACGUGAUUGUGGUGGCGGUCGGGUACAGGCUAGCACCGGAGAGCAAGUACCCGGCGGCGUUCGAGGACGGGGCCAAGGCGUUGAACUGGCUGGCGAAGCAGGCGAAUUUGGCGGACUGCAGUCGGUCCAUCGGGAAACUGAGGAGGAGUGUCGGGGUCGAGGGCCGUGUGUUCGACAGCUUUGGCGUGUCGAUGGUCGAGCCGUGGCUCGCCGCUCACGGAGAUCCUUCCAGGUGCGUCCUCCUCGGUGUGAGUUCCGGUGCCAAUAUCGCAGACUAUGUGUGUCAAAAGGCCAUAGAGGAAGGGAAGCUCCUUGACCCUAUCAAUGUGGUGGCUCAAGUCCUAAUGUAUCCCUUCUUUGCUGGGACCACCCCCACGCACUCUGAGGUCAAGCUUGCAAACUCUUACUUCUAUGACAAGGCUAUACGCAACAUGGCGCUGAAGCUCUUGUUACCGGACGAGGAGUUCAGCCUUGACCAUCCGGCAGCAAACCCUCUUGUCUCGAGAAUGGUGCCUUUGAAGUGCAUGCCUCCAACUUUGAUGGUAGUGGCUGAACAUGACAUGAUGCGGGACCGCGCCAUCGCUUACUCUGCGGAACUGCGGAAGUUCAAUGUCGAUGCUCCCGUGCUGGACUAUAAGGAUGCUGUUCACGAGUUCGCCACUAAGGAUAUGCUUCUUCAGACGCCGCAAGCUCGAGCGUGUGCAGAGGAUAUAGCGAUAUGGGUUAAGAAAUACGUCUCACUCAGAGGUCUCGAGUUUUCUUACUGAACUGGUUAGGAAAGAAAAUUUUGCAAGUUUUGGCGAAUCGAAGUGACCGAAGAUAAUCGAAGUGACCGAAAUAUCAUGGACAGGAAGGCCAAUUCAGAGCUGCGAGACAACUUUUGCUUGGUUGAGUAUAUAUGCUUGUCCAUGAAGAAACACAUGGAGAUUAGACUCUGGUCAUGGUGAUCGGCGAAGUCGCCAUCUCUUUCCUCAAAUGCUGAAGCUCUUCAGAGAUAUGAUUGUUUCCAUUCUUUGAGGCGUUUUUCCUCCCAUUGUAUAGUCACAAUUGAUUUGUUCAUCUGUUCAUAUUCAUCGCCUCGAUGUGAAAAUGUAUCUUACAGGAUCUGAUCUUAUAUGAAAAUUUCUUCCUGUCUUGU